AUGCAAAAAAUUUUUGCAGUCCUAUUUUUAGCACUUUUUGCAGUUUCUGCAGUAGAGUCUAGUAGAAGAAGCCGUUUGUUUCAGAAAUAUUUUAAGAAAUUCUACAAAAACUAUGACUUCAUACCCGAAAAUAUUGAAGUGCGCUGGUACAAAGGCAUGCGAUUGGACCAUUUCACAUAUUCUUGCAGAAUAAUGUGGAACAACACCUACUACCAACCGGGCGGUCCCAUCUUCUUCUACACUGGAAACGAGGGAGCAGUGUCGACAUUCGAAGUUGCGACUGGAAUGAUGUUUGACCUGGCACCAAUGUUCAAUGCUUCCAUCAUUUUCGCCGAGCACAGAUUCUACGGAGCCACUCAGCCAUUCGGAAAUCAAUCUUAUGCUAAUCUAGCCAAUGUUGGAUACUUGACUAGUGAACAGGCUCUGGCUGAUUAUGCAGAACUUUUGACUGAGUUGAAGAGAGACAAUAAUCAAUUCGGGAAGACGUUCCAUAGGGAUUCACAAGUCAUUUCUUUCGGUGGAUCUUACGGUGGAAUGCUGUCCGCUUGGUUUAGGCAAAAGUAUCCACAUAUUGUCAAGGGAGCUUGGGCUGGUUCGGCACCUCUGAUUUACAUGCACGAUGGAGGUGUGGAUCCAGGAGCAUUCGAUAAUAUCACAUCAAGAACUUAUGUUGAGAAUGGAUGCAAUAGGUUUAUUCUGGCAAAUGCUUGGAAUGCAGUUCUCAAUCUUUCCUCUACUGAUUCUGGUCGUGCGUGGCUCAACAACAACCCAGUCUUCAAGCUAGAUCCACGUACUCCAAUCAACAAUCAAACUGAUGGAUGGAAUCUCAACGCCUACAUGCGUGAAGCCAUCGAAUACAUGGCAAUGGUUGACUAUCCAUACCCAACCGGGUUCUUGGAGCCUCUUCCAGGUUGGCCGGUUACUGUAGCAUGCGGAUAUAUGAACGCCACUGGAGAAUCAUUCUCUGAUCAGGACUUGGUGACAGCAGUGGCCAAUGCAGCAAAUGUUUAUUACAAUUAUAACCAAAAUGCCAAUUUCACCUGGUGCAUUGAUUUUAAUAUUUGUGGAGAUCAAGGAACCGGAGGACUUGGGGAUGAUGCUCUCGGAUGGCCAUGGCAAGAAUGCUCGGAAAUCAUAAUGGCGAUGUGUGCAUCUGGAGGAGCUAAUGACGUCUUCUGGUCUGAAUGUGGAGAUAAUAUUUAUGAUACGCUGAAGCAGGGAUGUGUUUCGAUUUUCGGAAGUAUGAAGUGGACAACAGCCAACUGGAAUAUUGAUGCAGUAAAGACGCUCUACGGAUAUGACUUGAGUGGAUCCAGUAACCUAAUCUUAACGCAAGGACACCUUGACCCAUGGUCUGGAGGCGGUUACAAAGUCGACCAAACCAAUACUGCCCGUGGAAUCUAUGUCAUGGAAAUUCCCGGUUCUGCACAUCAUUUAGAUUUGAGACAACCAAAUACUUGUGAUCCGAAUACAGUGGUUAAUGCUAGAUAUCAGAAUUCAAAUUUCCAGAUCGUUCAAAUCCUGAAAUGCUGGGUUGACGUAAACUGCAACACCAACCCAACCAUCUCUCCUCUUCCAACUCUUUCGAUUCCAAACGUCGAGUGCAAAGACAGAAUUGGAGAAUAUCCAUGGGGACAAACUGACGCUCUAAAGUCAUCAACGGCUCCGAAUGUCAAAACCACUGUCACUGUUCCAAUUGCCACGUCAUCAGCUGUUCCAGCUGUUCCGACUUCCUCGGAAGCCCAUAUGGCCACGUCAUCUGCUGCUCCAGCGGUCCGAACAUCGUCUGUUGCUCCAGUCGCCACGUCAUCAGUGGCUCCUGCUAUUCAGACAUCCUCUAUUGCUCCAAUCGCCGGCUCCUCAUCCCAAUCUCCAGAAUCCCACUCCUCCACAUCUAACUCUCCUACGAACACGACGUCUUCAGGAUCGUCCACGGCUUCUACCCUUCCCCCUAGCUCCACACCCACCAAUCCACCAACAACUACAUCAUCUGGAUUCUCAAUUUUCUCAUUUUUCAGUACUAUUUUUGUCCUCCUGUGCACGAUUAUUUAA